AUGGACAAAAUCAAAUCUUUACCCCUGGAGAUAGUUCUCCACAUUCUCUCUUAUCUUCCUUGCGAAACUCUCCUCGCAUUUGGCGAAACCUCUCGUGCCAACUACAAUUAUCAUAUUCUCAGUCUUAAGCGUUUAAGGCUAGGUGUUUUCGAGAAACGAGUGCAUUCGACGAUUUCCCUGCUCCAGGCGGGAUGGGCUACCCCAGAUCAAUUAGCAUGUGCUCGGAGGAACAAUGAGCACGGGAGUAGCUACAUCAUUUCCGUGAUCCAGCCUGAGAAUAAGCCAGUGCAUCAGGAGUUAUGGUACAAACACCCCUACCGCACCAUCAACUCUAGGAGAUGUGUUCCAAUCCCUCGGAGCAAAAGCUGGACCCUGGAACAAUUAAUCCGAGCCCAGAACCUAAUCUUCACCAGAGUACUGACUCGAUAUGGGCCGACGCUGUUAAAUCUUGAAUUCAUGGCCUACGACUUGGAUCUGGACGGUGCAAAGGCGCUAGGGUUGAACUGUCAGCACAGCCUUCGUCACCUGGCUUUGCGUUUCGAACAUGCACACAUCAGGGAUGGACCCGUUAGGCCAAGUACCUGGCUCCAUCCUGCUCCUGGAAGUGAGGCAUGGAAUAUGCUUGUGGGGGUUGGCCGAUACAAGAAUAUAGGGCUUUGUAACUUAGAAACGUUAAUCAUGGAGCGUGCAGGUAUCACGCCAUGGCAGUUGAUCAUGCUUGUCAAGAAUAACCCCAACUUGACCGUCUUGAAACUCAGGACCUGUCGAGGCGCCCAGCCCGAGUUUUUGAACUGGCUAGGAGGAAUAGAAAGCGAUUCAGGCGAGGCGAUGACGCAGAUCGACAGCGUAGCCCCCGGCGCAAAACUUAAGAUCCUCUGGCUCGAGCAUUGUCAUCGACUCCUCUCACACUCAAUCGAAGAAUACGAAGACCUGCCAGGGGGUAUCUGUGACUUUGGGCUGGAAUGGGUUAGAGGCCUGGCAAACUUGCAAUCCCUAUCCUUUAGUGAAAGCGCGAACAUUCCAUCCGAGUAUAUCGAUAGGGCGAACAGAGCACUCUGGGGUAUCCCCGAAGUCAUUUUGCCGUACUCGCUCUACAACGAGAAUUCUGCCAUUGAGGUUGACCCCAGGUGGUCUUAG